AUGGACAACCAGGUGGCGCUGAGACGCUUGGCCGCCCAGAGGUCCGAAGCUCUGCGGAGGCAUCGGAACAACCCGACGGCUGGCGCCAAGCGGAUUCUGCGGCGACACCAGAAGGAGAACAAACGAGCAGUCCGUCGCAUGAUCAACGAGUGGUGGUCUCGACAGGCUGAUGACGUGUCAUCUGCUGCAUUCCCGCGCGACAUGGCCGCGGUGUUCUCUGGCACGAAGCUUAUGUCACAACAACUUGGCUCGCUGCCUAAAGCGCCACAGCCGCAUUUUGAGCGAGGUGCAGCGGCCCACUUGGACUCCAUGGCGGAUCACUUUGCUCGUGUGCUCAACAUCACCAGGCCGAUCGACGAGGCUGUUGUCAACGGAGUCCUGGAGUCAGUGACGCCCGUUAUGGGUGUGGACUGGACGCCGCCUUGUCGAGCUGAUGUCUUUGCGGCUCUUAAGCAACUGAAGCAACGGAAGGCCCCUGGCCCUGAUGGCGUCCCUGCAGAGCUGUACCAAGUCCCACGGGUAGCGAACGAGCUCGCGGACAUCCUCACACCGCACGUGCGGGCGUGGUGGGGUGGUGAUUUUUCUACUCGCCCUGCGGAAUGGCACGAGUCCCACAUGGUGGCUCUCUACAAGGGGAAGGGGGAGCUCGCGGACCUCGACAACUGGAGGGGCAUUUGUCUGCUGCAGCCUCUGAGCAAAGUUGUCGCGAUCCUUGUUAACAAGGCCCUUCGGUCGCUGGCAGAGAAGGUGCUGGAUGAAUCGCAGAUGGAGUUCCGCGCCACCGCGCCGCUGCACGGCGCCCCCGCUGACGACGAGGGCGUGUAUGCCAUUUUCGUUGAUCUCCGCAAGACUUUCGACAGCGCCCCCCGGGAGCUGAUCUGGAAGAUCCUAUGUCGUCUUGGGGCGCCUGCAGGCGUUGUGGGGCUGCUGGAGGACAUGCACGCAGGCAUGGGCUCGCAGGUGAAGUUCCGCGGGCGCCUGAGCAGACGCUUCCCUAUGAACACGGGGGUGCGGCAGGGGGCCGUGGGGGCGCCGACGCUUUGGGACCUCUACUUCCAUUUCGUCGUCCUGGACUGGCGGCGGCGCGCUCGCCAGGAGCUUGGGCGCGACAUCGGUGUCUGCGUGGCGUCCAAGCCUGACGGCCACCUGCGCGCUCGCGCACGGACCCUCCAGACGGCGGAGCAGCGAUCGCUAGUCACAGAUCUCGAAUGCGCCGACGACCUGGUCGGUUAUGCCACGACUUUCGCUGACCUCGAGGUGGCCGCGCGGCUCUUGGUAGACGCCGUCCGGGACUGGGGCGGUGAGGUUAACGUGCAGAAGACGAAAUGGAUGUGCGUGCGAAGCGAGUUCGCUGGCGAAGGCACUGUCCCACUUGAGCUUCGCAUCCACGACCGCGUGGUUGAGCAGGUGGUGACAUUCUCCUACCUAGGAUCCCUGCUGGCGCCAGACAACACGCUCGGGCAAGCACCCGACGUGGAGCGACGAGUGCAGGAGGCGUGCAAGUCGCAUGGCCGGCUGCGCGGUCUCUGGUCCGACGGGCGCAUCCACUUCAGCACGAAGAGGACGAUCUUCCUGGCAGUUGUGAAGACAACGCUCUUGUGGGGAGCCGAGACCUGGACCUUGCGCCGACGCGAGCUGGCCAGACUACGGCGCACGUGGUACGGCUGGAUACGUGAUAUCCUCGGCCUCACCUGGCAGCAGUGCGCCGACUUGCACAUCUCGCACGCAAUGCUUGCCUCGAGGCUUGGAGUGGAGGAUAUCCAUGUGUAUGCCGCGCAGGCUGGAGCACGCUGGCUUGGGCAUGUUGCUCGCAUGGACCCAAUGCGCCUCCCCCUGCAGCUGCUCUUCGGCGCCGUUGAGGGGCGCGGCCCGUCUCGCACGCAGGCUGGGCGCAAGGGGCUCAGACGGACGCCGGCAGAGCAGGCGCGCAACACCGUGCGGGGCAUGGGGCUGAGCGAGCGCACGUGGUCACGUGACGCACAAGACCGCGAAGCCUGGCGCAAGAAAGUCAGCGCUUAUCGGCCGCGACGAGGUGCCCGGCCCCCGCCGCGCGAUCGUGUGGCCAGUGCUAACCUGACCUGCUCAGCAUGCGGCUUCCAGGCGUCCUCGGCCGAUGGGCUGACGAGACACGUGGACGCAAAGCACCAGCUGCACCCGCCGCGCCCGCUGCAGUGCGAGACAUGUGGCCGUACUUUCAAGAACCGCUCUUCGCUCGCGAGGCACGCCAAGACGCACGAGCCUGUGCCAGCAGCGCCAGCAGCACCGCCAGCGCCGCCGCCUGCGCCGCCGCCCGGGCAGCUCAGGUGCAGCCGCUGCAACGCCACGUUCAACGCCAAGGGGCACUACAACAAGCAUGUGUCCAGUGGCUGCCCGCUUCGCAAUGUUCCUGUGCAGCAUGGGGAUUGCCGGCGCGACGCGCAAUGGCGCUGCCCGCAUUGCCAUCAGCAUUUCCAGCGCAGCACAGACUUCUUCAGGCACUAUGAGACGCGUGCGCAGAGGCCAGACCGAGCGGGAGCGCCGCUGCCGCAGCGAGUGGCCAAGAGAUUGAUCCACCAGUGCGCCAAGUGCGGUCGCUGCUUCGCCUUCCCUUCUCAUCGCAAUCGGCACCAGAACAGAUGCAGAGCAUGA